UUUGCUAAUCAUUACCUACGCUGCCAUGUUUAUUUUCCCCAGGGGGGAAAGAAAGCAUGGAAAGGACGGAGUAAUUGAUCACUACUGCUAACACAAUGGGUAUGAAAUGAAAAGGAGGGAGGGGUGUCUGUACAAUCGAGCUCCAGGCCCAACAGCUUUUCAUUCUAUUGCCUACCUUGAACGAGGCGCGAGCCUAUGUACAGCCGCGAUCCGUUUCUCUAGCCUCAAGCACGAGCUACUGUCAAAGUACGGAGAAUUGCCCUUUGGCUGCCGCCCUUCGGCCUCCUCCGUCCGGCCUCCUCCACCCCCGCAGCUAUCUCCAGUCCCAUCGGCGUCUGCCGAUAUUGCAGCUGUCUCCUCCCCCAGACAGACUCAGCUCAGCUCAUCCAUUGUAUCGGAUCCUCAAAAAACAUGGGGAGAGCUGGGGAAAAGAUGGGGCAUCAAUGACAGACAGCCGUUGCUAGCUACUUGCGUCAUUUACCAUUCUCGACAUCAUCAUCACCAUCGCGAUCAUGCGCACAACUAUACAGGUACACGUACUCUCUCGGAUGCUUAGCGACCACGGUUGACCCCAUACUCCAUUGUUUACACCACAGAUUCACUACAGCCUAUUACCCACCCAUUGCGAUAACGCCAUUCCGCAUGCACACUCCCCCAGCUAGCAAGCUAUCUGCGAAAUCCGCCUCGUCUAGAUAGACACCACAUGCCGAGAGAGCCAAGGGCGCACGCUAUCAUAGCUCUUUCUUUCUUGUAGAACCAUUCAAUCGGUACCGAGAAUAGACAUACUAGUGAAC